UUCACUAAGUGUAAAACAAUUGCAAGAUGCGCUUCUCCAAAAUGCAAUUACUCCUCCCGAUUCUGGAGCUUCUGGCUUUAUUUGGAACCGCCUUAAGUGGAGUAAAGGAAGUGCACAAUGUGUUUGAACUAAAUGGUCAGCAAUCUGGCAAACAAACUGGUCCAAAGCUCUCCAGAGACGUGACCUUUCCCACGGAAAUCGCUCUCGAUAAAUACACUCCACCUGAGGAAAUGGACCCCGAAUUCUGGUACAAGAUCGCCGAUGAGGAAAUUGCCAAGCGUUUGGAACUCCCCCAGCCGAAUUCGAAUAAAGCCAAAAAUGUGAUUAUGUUCCUGGGAGAUGGAAUGCCACUUGCAACGGUUACAGCUGCUCGUAUCCUGAAAGGACAACGCCAAAAUAAAACUGGAGAAGAAUCUUCCCUUAGUUUUGAAAAAUUCCCCUAUUCGGGAUUGAGUAGAACGUACUGUGCCAACGCCCAGGUGCCCGAUUCCGCCUGCACCGCCACCGCUUAUUUGUGCGGUGCGAAAACCAACAUCAUCAAUAUCGGAGUUAGUGCGGCAGUAAACUUCAACAACUGCACCGCCAGUCAGGAUCCAGCCAACAGACUUACCUCCAUCGCGGAAUGGUCACAGAAUGCAGGAAAGUCGACGGGUUUCGUGACCACCACCACAUUGACCCACGCGAGUCCAUCGGGAGCCUAUGCCAAGGUGGCCAAUCGGAUGUGGCAGAGUGACACGGAUGUCACCAGUUACGGUGUGGAUGCCAGCAAGUGCAUUGACAUGGCCACCCAACUGGUGACCCAAAUUCCCGGUAAGAACUUCGAUGUGAUGUUCGGCGGGGGAAUGGGCAAGUUUCUGCCCAAAACCAUAAAGGAUAGUCACGGAAAAGCUGGGGAACGAUCUGAUGGAGUGAAUCUCCUGUCCAAAUGGCAAUCCCUUCACGAUAAAGGAGUCCUGGUCACCAAUCGCAAGCAGUUGCUCGGCUUGGAUGUUUCGGCUGCCUCCAAAAUAAUUGGGACUUUUCAGUCGGGCCUAAUGGACAUGCACAUGGAUGCAGAUCCCAGUUACCAACCAACUCUAUCUGAACUUACUGAAGUGGCCAUCAAGAAGCUGAGUCAGAACGAAAAUGGAUACUUCGUGUUUAUUGAAGGUGGUCUGAUUGACUAUGGUAAUCAUUACACCCAAGCUGGCUAUGCCUUAGAUGAAGCCCUGGAAUUCGAGAAGGCGAUUCAGUUGGCUAGAGAAAUCACCAACAUCGAUGACACUCUGAUUGUGGUGACUGCCGAUCACGGACACGCAGUCAGCAUUGCAGGAUAUCCUGGCAGAGGAACUCCCAUCCUGGGCAUCAAUCCGCACGACACAGAUAUCAAUGGAGUUAGGUACUCAGUGUUGAACUACGCAGCAGGACCCAAUCAGUAUCUGGAUGAAACUGGACAGAGGAUUCCCUUGGACGGCAUUCUUGGCCCAGAUAAUGCCAUUUCCCCCAGUUAUAUUCCCAAGGAAAUAGGAGUGCAUUCUGGGGAGGAUGUGGGCAUUUGGGCUUCUGGUCCGCAGAGCCAUCUUUUCACUGGAGUUAUGCAACAGAGCACCAUUCCCCAUUUAAUGGCGUAUGCCUCUUGCGUUGGCGACCGAAAGCAGCUAUGCAAUAAUUAACUGGGAAAAAGCUGACUUGUUAGAAAAUAAAGUAAAUUGUUGUCUUAAAUAUAUUUGUCAUUAUACUUUUAAUAUUAAGUUGGCUGUUUAACACUAUCAAAACUGUCAAUGAAAAUUCGAAUUUUGCAUUCUUCUAACUAGCAAUUGUACAAUUCCUUUAAUUUAAAAUGAUGUAUGAAUGGUGUAUAAUAACUUUUAUUAAAUAAAAAGUUAUAUCUAGCCAAUA